UGGCUUGCUAGGUAAGCACAUAGAAGUGUCUCCCUCAGAUCUGUGGACCUGUUUUCCUCUCUGUAUGGAUAUUGUCUGACAUGGAUCAACUCUCUCUCCAAGAUAGUGCCUGAAAGCUAUUCAACCUCAAGAGUCUUCUCCGACAAACAGACUUGAUGUGUAAAAGAUGGUUGCGUGAGACUGCCACGAGGCCUCGCAGGAUUAAAAUCCGUCAACAGAUUAUUCAGACUCCUGUCGGCUGUUCCACUCUACCGCUGCAAACACGACACACAUAAAGCCAACAGGGCUCUCAGACAGAGCACGCUUUUAGGAACCACAACUCCCAGAAUGACCCUGCCUGUGCCGAUUCCACAGCCCUCAUAUUCCCAGGCCAGGGAGAACCUGGUGAAGGCUAUCCCACACAAGAUCAUCUGUCUGCUGGCCUGUGGAGGGCGGGACUGUCGCUAUGAAGGCCCAGCAUGCUGGAGGCCCAGUCAGCAGGUCAUCCAGGGCCUCUUCUCCUCCUGGGUAACUGAUGACAUUGUAGCCAUGACACGCCCUUCCACUCACCUUAUCAAUAAAUACAACAUAAUAGAGCAGUUCAAACGGUUAAACAUCAAGUCCAUCAUCAACAUGCAGCUUCCAGGGGAGCAUGCUUACUGCGGCCCUCCCCUGGAUCCUGGAAGUGGCUUCACCUACUCCCCACAGGCCUUCAUGGAGAAUGACAUUUUCUUUUUUAACUUUGGCAUGCCAGACUUCAGUGUGUCAUCUCUGGUUGGUAUGAUGGAUGGAGUGAAGGUGCUGGCGUUUGCUGUGAAAGAGGGAAAAGUAGCUGUUCACUGCCAUGCAGGCUUGGGAAGGACAGGAGUUCUGAUAGCCUGUUACCUGGUCUACACCCUGCGCAUUAGCCCCAGCGAAGCCGUCCAGUAUGUCCGGAUCAAACGGCCUCGCUCCAUCCAGACCCGUGCCCAGAUAAGCCUGGUGUUCGAAUUUGCCCGCCUGCUGGGCACCCAGCUGGCCCAGUACCCGGACCUCAGCCUGCGCCACGGGGCCCACUUCACCCUGCAGCUCCACCUGCACCGUCAGGCCCUCCUGCUGCAUGGCCAGGAGGCCCGCACCCUCAGACACUUACCCAAGGUGGUGUACCUGCUGUGUCUGCGGCUGUCCUGCCUGGCCCUUGGCCUCCCUGCCCAAGCUGAGGUGCAUGCCGAGCUGGACAGGAAGGCGGCGGUGCGGGCCCUGGGCUGGGCUGUGAGGGAGACCCUGGUGGCCAAGCAGUACCUGCCCCUGCUGAGGGAGGUCCAGCGGGCCUCUUGGCUGAGCUCUCGCCUCACCUCCGUGUCCUCCUGGGACGAGCCCCAGGGCUUCCUGGAGAGGAAGAGAGAGGUGCUGCUGAACAAACGCAGCUACAGCGACUCUGACCUCAGCAAGAUCACGGUCAGACAGGAUCUGGAGCUGGGCUCUUACUAUGAACCCCUGUCAGGGACUGGGAGAGUAUGGUAUGGACUAGAUCAGAUCAAACCAGAUCUGAAGCCUGUCAGCCCUGACCCAGCCACACCAUCUGUUGGUCACUGUGACAACACAGAGCACACACAAAAACUUCAUCCCCCAGCUGGUAGUGGGGAAAACAACAAUGACCAUGCCAAUAAGUCUAAGUGCACAGCCAAGAAGACAAUGGCUCUUCCUAAAUUCAGGUCCAACAUUGAGUUACGCAGGACUCAACGCAAGUCAGGACAGGCUUCAGUGGCUCGUGCUGUUGCCAAGGCAAUGGCGGACCAGAACACUCCAGGGGAGACGGUGUUGCAGAGGGCAGCUCUGAUACAGGAGGAGCUGAACACCAGUGAGGGUGGAUGGGCCCUACUGGUGACAGAGUCGGAUCCCCAAGUCCUCAGCUGUCUACUGUGGGCCUGGCUGGAGAAACUCAAGGAUCCUGUACUGAGUGCAGAGGACACUGGUUUGUUGUCCUCAGGAGCCCAAUGUACCAACCUCCAUGUGCUGCUUAAGCCCCAGCAGCACACCAUCUCCUGUCUUUUGGGGUGCGUGGGUCAGGUGACCAGUCUGUGUCCAUACAGAGAGGAUGCUGUGCUGCGACGCCUGAUGCGGGCACUUAUCAGGCGCCCUCAAGAGGAGUUGGAGAGCCAUACUGCCCUGAUGAAAAUCUUCAAGUGUAAUAUCAGAGAAACGCUCCAUAGCAAUAACUCUCUGACACAAGCUUGCAACAACACUCAUUAUCAAGCACAGUGAAUAAAUAAUUUUCAACACCUGCAUCAGGCAUGGUAAAUGCUUAAUUUGACUGGCCUGCUUUCAUUGUGCAUCGAAUUUUACAUUGGCAAAAAUGACAAGAGACUAGGCAUGGCUUAGAAAUCACGAUAAGAAUAUGCUUGGAAUUCAUAAUAAGGACACGCAUAAUAGAUGCACAAGCAAUAUUUUUAAAUAGGCAGAAGUGUGUUCAUUUGUAUUUUCUAUGAUAACUGAAAAGUCAGCUUUUUUCUUUGUAGCCUACCUCAGAAACAUGUCCAUAUGCCCUGAUGUUACAUGAUUCCGAAAUCUUUGUAUUAAAUACAUUUUUACCUUUAA